UGGAUAGAUAUCGGACCGCGCGAAUUAUGAAUGAAUAUAACCUAAAGAUGAAUCUAUCCUCGGUGAACUCCUCCUCUUGGAAAGUGGAGUCGGUGGUCAUCUCUUUGGGGUUUUCGGUCAUUUUCCUGGUCGGCACCGUGGGAAACUCUCUGGUCCUCGCGGUUCUGUUUCGUAACGGACAGAUGGACACCAAAACCACCAAUCUGUUCAUCCUCAACCUCGGAAUAGCAGAUUUGUGUUUUAUUGUUUUCUGCGUGCCUUUCCAGGCCACCAUCUACACUCUGGAUGAGUGGGUGUUCGGUCCUGUGGUGUGUAAGGUUGUGCACUUCAUCAUUUUUCUCACCAUGUAUGCCAGCAUCUUCACCCUGACAGCUGUUUCCAUGGACAGCUUCUGCUCUACUUUCCUUGAGAGCAACUGA